CUGACGCAGUUAAGCCAUCCCGACCCCCUCACCUGUAAACACACACCUGGGACCAUGUUCUGGAAUCCAUUUCGCAGCAGCUCGCGUGGAUUGACGUCACCGGGACGAGAACGAGGCUCGGCUGGCUCUCACUAUCCUCCUACCGUGGCUUACUACCCUCGGUCCCAGGGCGCUGUGGACGAGAUGGUCCGGAGAGUGUUCAAUGUCAAAGACGCAGAUGAGAUUACUGACGGACAAGCCCUUAAAAUCCAGUCUGUAGAUUUUAACAUCGCGGCCAACACGAAAGCUCACCACACGGACGAAUUUGAGAUCACGAAGGAGAAGCAAGCGGGUAUCCUUCACGGUAAUCCCCGUCAGCUGGUAGUCCGCAGAGGUCAGCCGUUUGACGUGAAGGUCACCUUCAGCAGGCGUUAUGACGACAAGAAGGAUGAUCUCCGGCUCAUCUUCGAAUUUGGUGAUAACCCCCUCCCCGGCAAGGGCUCUCUAGUGGAACUAAUCCUCUCCGACGAGGACCAUCCCAACGAGUGGGGCGCUAAGGUGAAGAAAACAGACGGUGGAAUCACCGAAGUUACGAUAUUUACCCCCUCCGUAUGUCCGGUCGGAAAAUGGCGUCUGAAAAUUGACAUCAUCCGUCAAGAUGAUAAAACCAAGAAAUCUUUGUUCCGGUACACUCAUCCCUUACCCAUCUACAUCCUCUUCAAUCCCUGGUGUAAACAUGACGCUGUCUACAUGGAAAGUGAGGACGGGAAAGCUGAGUAUGUCCUUAACGAAACCGGAAAAAUAUAUGUGGGGAACCAUAAAAAUGUUUGUGGGAAGCCAUGGAAUUUUUCACAGUUUGACGGAGUCGUCUUGGACUGUGCCAUCAAAGUGCUUGACCAAUCAAAAAUGCCGGUGAUUGCCCGUGGUGACCCCAUUAACGUGGUUCGCAAGCUCACUGCUGUGGCCAAUGUGGAAGACGAUGACGGAAUCCUGCACGGUAACUGGACAGGGAACUAUGUGGGCGGCCGAUCUCCUCUGGAAUGGACGGGCAGUGAAGCCAUCAUCGAGCAGUUCUACAGGACUGGCAAACCGGUCAAAUUCGGCCAAUGCUGGGUCUUCUCUGGGAUCAUGACAUCGUUGUGUCGAGCUCUGGGCUUCCCCACACGUAGUGUCACGAACUUUCAGUCAGCCUGCGACAGUGACGGUUCUCUCACCAUCGAUAUGUACUGGAACGAGAAGGGGGAACCGGAGGAGAAGAUGAGCGAGGACUCCAUCUGGAACUUUCACGUGUGGAAUGAGGUGUGGAUGACACGCCCUGACCUGCCGGCCGGAUACGGAGGGUGGCAGGCGAUAGACGGUACACCGCAAGAACUUAGUGACGGUGUGUACCGCUGUGGCCCAGCGUCUGUUAAAGCCAUCCGAGAGGGAGACGUUCACCUGCCUUAUGAUACAGCCUUCCUGUUUGCUGAGGUCAACGCUGACAGGAUUGACUAUGCCAUGGGAGAAGACAAAACCUGGAAGAAAAGCUGGAAGAAAGAUGUGGUGGGAAAGUUCAUCAGUACCAAGAAGUGUGGCAGUCUCUGUGGAGUCGUCAAUGCUGCCAUGGACCGGUUUGAUCCAGAUCGGGAUGAUGUCACGGAAGGUUACAAGUUUGGAGAAGGCAGCUCCUCGGAGAGGGCAGCUGUGCUACGGGCUAUACGAACUGGCUCCAAGCGGAAGGAGAUCUACGAGGAUCACGGAACUGAGGAUGUUGCAUUUGACUUGGUGGACAAAGACAUUCAUUACAUGGGCAAGGACUUUGAUGUCGUUGCCAAAAUGGAGAAUAAGAGUGGAAAGGAGCGGAACAUCGUCAUACACUUGAUGGCAUCUGUGGUCCGCUACACAGGAGAGGUUGAGUCCAAGAUCAAAGCGGAGACAUUCCACGUCAAACUGGCUAAAAAGGAGUGUAAGGAGGUGGUGAUGAAGGUGACAACCAGGGACUACCUGUAUAAAUUAGUUGACCAUGCCCAAGGGAGAAUCUCCUGCCAGGCCAAUGUUGAUGAGACAGAUCAGGUGUACACAGAAGUUGAUACAUUCAGACUGGUUAAGCCCACCUUGGAUAUCAAGGUACCGUCUGAGGUCAAGCUGGGACAGUCGGUAGAAGUGGAGGUGUCUUUCCUCAACUCCCUGCCCCAGACCCUGACUGACUGCGUCCUCACAGUGGAGGGACCGGGGCUGCAGAAACCCACAGACUUCCAGCUACAGAAUUUACCACCAAAUGGAACAUUGCGAGCCCGGGUGAGACUGACACCAUUCCGGGCAGGUGAACGUCAACUUCUGGUCAGCUUUAACUCUCGACAGAUGAAAAGUGUGGAUGGAUUUGCAACACUUGUUGUAAAACCAUAAAAAUAUAACUGGUUUGAUCGGAGAGAUAUGAAGAGAUAAGGUGAUUUUUCUCACUUAAGUUGUCAAAUUUAGUUCUGUUAUACCUUUUUUCCAUUUUCUGUCAUGAAUUUACUUCAAAUUUUGUCUUUGGCAGAAUGUUGUGUUCAUUUUUCUGCACCUUUUGCUUUUCUUAUAAUCUGCUCACCGUACUGCAGUAAAAUAACCUCUGCUUGGUUCUUUGUCAUCAUAAUUAAUUACACAAAUAUAGAGUAUGCAUACAGAUAUUGCCAUCCAAUUUAAGUCUUGUAUUCAUAAAAGUGGGCAUACACACAAACAACAUUUAUUUUAUAACCUAUAUAUAAUAUUUGCCAAUGCAGCUUGCCAAAAUCGUUUAAACGGUAUAAAGUAGUUACAUGUGUGUAUGUAUUACUGUAGAUGUGAAGUAGGUUUGCCUGAGGUGCGUGUGGUCUGCAUAAGCUAAUACAGUCUCGUCUGGAUAAAGUGCAGCAAGUACCCUGUAGUAAGAAGGGGGCAAUGUGGGCAGAUUUCCUGCAUUGUGUAACUGAAGCAAGUUGCGAAUAUUUCAGUUUAUCAUUUAGCAAGUUGUUAGCAAUCAUUGAGGUUUUACUGUAUUGCUGUAGUGUACUAUGUUUUGUUGUGAUAUCACUUUACAAGAUGGAGUAUAUUAGCAUAAGCUGCAAAAUGGUAACCUUACAUAUGGGAUUCUGAGGUAGUGAUUAACUGUGAAGAGUGAUUGUUACAUCAAAAUAACAGACAACAUUUACCUGACUCAGUAUUUUAGGCCUUCUCCAGUUUAAGAUCAGCAGUUAGGUUUUGGUCUGUUCUCUGCCACUCUUGUUAGCAUUUUUCUCAGCAGAAAAUACUUCAUCAUACAGCAAAAUGAAUGUGUAUUUGAUACCAUGACAUGUGGAUUUGAGACAUUCAUACCUGACCCGACCAAGAUUCAGUUGAUUCUCAAGUCAGUAUCACAGAGACAAUAGUCAGAUAAGUGGUUUACAUAUUUGUAAAGGUGGAUAUAUUCUCCUUGUUUGCUGUCAUGUAAAGAUGCAUUUACUUGAAUGUUAUAUGUAACUGCUGUCGAUGCACUUCUAAUGAGAUAGGACAUAACAUGUGUAUUGUAAAUGAUCACCAUAUUUCACCUAAAGUUUGGUCACUUAAAAGCACUGUCAAGCACAUAAAAACUUUAAAAUGAUACUUUCUGAGGCCAGCAUUUAUGUUUUUCUGAUAAGAAUCAAAUGAAAGUUUAGAGACUUCCCACUUGUGGACACUUUAAGGUUGAUGAAUCAGUCAGAAUCAAGCACAGUAUGUCACUUGAAAAAUGCCAAACUUCAGGUGAAAUAAGGUAAUAAGUACAUAAUCAUUUUUAUUGGGGGAGGGGGAUGGACCAUAACAUUUAGAUUUAAAACAAAAACCGGAGCUUAUUGAAGCAUGGCAUGUACUGUAUAUGUAGUUUUUGGUAGCUUGUUUUUACGUGGAGAUACAUGUGUACACAUAGCUAGGUGCUCAUCCUUUUGGGAGCCAGACUACAUGUCCAGUUUAUGAAAACGUGGAUCUGUGAAUUGAACGAAGCAACCGGCAGCAUUUUGUGGCUGGAUGUGAAUAGGUGAUUUAUUCUACUGUAGUGGAUGUAUUUCCAAUUUAGCCAUGCUAUAUGCUUCAUGAAAUGUACUAGCUUGACUGUGAUGGUUCAUUACAGUUUCUGCUGAAACCUAAUCUAUAAGCCACUGCAUAACAGUUACACUGGACAAAUCUACUAGCUGGCAACUGUAAACUAUUUUCUGUGCCAGCAAAGUAAAGCGGGGAAUGAUUUUGUAUGGAUUAGCCUACUUCAAAGUAUGGAGAAAUCUCAUUGUGUAAUUGUUGACCUGUAUACAUGUAUGUAUAACAAGGUGUGUGUGUAUUAGUCUUGUUUUAAUAGCAAUGUGACCCUAUGUCCCCGCUACAUUAAUACAGUACAACUUGUGUGUCUAGGAUUUUAUUGUAGGCUGUCCCUGAAUAUUUGUGCUACAAUGCCAUCAUAUUAGAUUUUAAGUUGUGGCUAAAUUUAGAUUUUUUUCAGUGGAAGAGUUUACAUUGUAUCAUAAAGUGAAAGUAAAAGCAGCUUAAUAGUAUCCUGACAUGAUAUUCACCUGUAACUUAAAUGAUGUUGUCUGGGUAUAAGAACAGGGUGUAUUGUGAAUGUGUAACAGAGAUGACAUUUAAUAAAAUACUGCCACCUGUUGUCAUCAGCAUUAUUAUGUAUACAUUUACCUGUAGAUGUAUGUCAGACCAUCUGGGUGCUGAUGCAGGGUAUACCUGUUGAUCUCAGACUACAUGUACCUAUCUGAUUGCUCAAUCCUCUAGCCUAUAGGUUUUGCAGAAGACAAUAAAGGUUUAAAGACAUUAAUAGAAUAGAGUUAAUUGUGUUUGUUUGGUUAUGAAAAAGGCACAGCUAUAUACAGUGGUACAAAUUCUAUUUUUUGUUUCGCCAACUGAUAGCUCUGCUGUAGAAACCUUAGUAAAGAUGGUUGAUUCUCUGUGAGUAUAUACAUUUGAUUUGUGAUUACAAGGUAAUAACAUCAAAUUUCACAUGAUUUCUCACCCAGGGUACAGAAAGUGGAUUAAUUAGCAAAACAUGAAAUUGUAGGCAAUUUAGGUAAAUGUAAUAUGUACAUUUUCUGCUGGAUAUUCAUUGGUUGAGUGGUUUGACAGCAUAAAAAUUUUCUACUCUGAGCAAGCACUCUUAGUAUGAGCU